CCUGUCACUUUACUCUUUUGCGUGCCGUUGUUUUCUUUUCGUUCAUUUUUCACUUUUCUCCUGUGUCUGGCGUUGUUUUGGCUAAAUUUUAUCAAAAGAAAAAAAGGUUGAAAAAAUUGCCGCAAAUGUAGUAAAAUCAAUGCACUAGUUCCCGUUUUACAGUGAAUCGAAAAUGAAUUUUUUUAUACCGAACGACCAGGUAAAGCGGGAAGGAAUCUACUUACAGCAACAUCUACCACCUCAACUGCUUCCACCCGGCUUCCAGCAAGUGCACCAUCAGCUGCAGCAGCAACCGCAACAGUCCCAGCACUCGCUGCAGCUGAGUCAAAGCGCUUUCAACUCCCAAGGAAUGAUAGUCAAUUUAAAGAAAGAGUUCGAUCCCUACGAAAAAAAUCCACCCCCGCUGGGGGCCAACGUCGUUGUUCAGCACAUUGCUCAACAGUUAAAUGUUCCUUCCCUGUUAGCACCCACAGGUGAGCCCCUCCAGCAGCAUCAGCAGCAACAACAAGACACAUCUGCAACGCCGGCCCCAACCAGUGGCAGAAAGAAAAAGAAGGCCAAAGCUGCGAAAGCGAUUGUCCUGCCUCCGCUCCCAGAGGGAUUUAUCGUUAAGAUAAAGGAAGAGUACAACGAAAACUAUGUUAGAACAGUUACAAAGAUUCCAGAGGAACAGUUCAUUAGAACAAUUAAACCCCCGGGCAAAAAAGAACGCAAAUAUCACGACUAUAAUGUGGUCAGUGAGCACCGCUGUGACAUAUGUGGCAAGUACUUUAAGGAUAAGUACAAGUUGAACUACCACGUACGGAUUCAUAGUCCAGAACUGUCCCACAGAUCUUCCUUCAGGUGUGACGUUUGCGGCAAGGUAUUUGCCCAUCAAUCCACUUUAACAAAUCAUAAGCGAAUUCAUUCAGGAGAGCGCGCCUUCAAGUGCGGAACGUGCGGAAAAGCGUUCGUUCAGAGUUCGGCCCUAUCGAACCACACUAAGAUUCACACCGGUGAGCGGCCACACGAAUGCCUGAUCUGUGGUAUUAGCUUCAUUCAGAAGAUCAACCUGAUUUACCACAUCCGUAUCCACAGUAACGAGCGUCCGUAUCGUUGCAACAUUUGCAACAAAUCAUUCAUCCAGCAGAGCCAUAUCAAGAAUCACAUGAAGGUGCACAAAAAAGAUAAUCCACUGGAUUGUAGCAUUUGUGGGAAAAGCUACACCGAUCUCAAUGAACUGACCGAUCACUAUUCCUCUCAUACCGUCGAGUUGCCAUUUCGCUGCCAAACCUGCGGCAAGUGUUUCGCUCAGGCGAAUCAUUUGAAAAUCCACAAGAAAAAUUUCUGCAAUAAAAACUAGACAGAACUGGCCGACUGCGCUCUUCCCACAAUAUAAACUAGAGCCUGGCCCAGUUCGGCAGCCAUUGAUUGUCGUUACUAGAACACUGACGUUAAGUUGAAAAUAAGAUGAAGGAAACUAUUUUAUGUAGCUUGAUUUAUUAUGUAUAAUACUUCGUAAGUGGACAGUGCUACUGCUACCAAUAUUACGAUGAUCCAGUCGUAGGCAGGUUUUCUUAUUUUUAUGUGAUAGCCAAACUAAACUUUUGUUUUAAAUUACUCGUGCUUAGACCCGAUUAACUAACACAGCAAUCAAAUUCAAAUGUAUGUUUUAAUCGUUUUUCAUUGGCAUUAUCGCGUCCAUAUAUUAUAUUAAAAUAAAUA